CCAAAUAAAUAACAUGAGUGACGGGAAAAUGGUGAAGAUGACUAUGCCACGUAUGGACAGUGUGACAGUCGCGGUGCGCGUGCGGCCUUUCAGUCAGAGAGAGAAGAAUUCUGGGAGCAAAUGUGUGAUUUCCAUGCAUUCCAGAACCACCACAACCAUACAAGACCCUAAGAAUCCAGAACAUAGGAAGACGUUUACUUUUGACCUGGCCUAUUGGUCUCACGAUGGAUUUCAAAAGGAUAAAGAUGGUGUGUUUAUUUCAACUGAUCCUAGCAGUACAUUUGCAAGCCAGAAAGAUGUUUUCCAUGAUCUUGGCAGGGGAAUUCUGGACAGCGCUUGGCAAGGCUAUAAUGCCACCCUCCUAGCCUAUGGCCAAACUGGCUCUGGAAAAAGCUAUUCCAUGGUUGGGCUUGGCGCAAACAAGGGUAUCAUUCCAAAUGUAUGUGAAGAGCUCUUUCAAGCAAUUGAGGAGCGGGAGAGAAAUCAGGAAUACCAGGUUACAUUCAGUAUGCUGGAAAUUUACAACGAGCAGAUACGAGACCUGCUGUCUAGAACCAAGCAACCCGGAGGGCUAAAAGUAAGGGAGGAUCAACACCUGGGCUUUUAUGUGGACGGCCUGAAGUCAGUGCCCUGUGAGAACUACGCGCAGAUUGAAAGGCUGAUGGAGCAAGGGACAAAAAUAAGGACCACGGCCUCGACCAACAUGAACGCCAGCAGCAGCCGGUCUCAUAUGGUUAUCACCAUUCAGUUCAGGCAGGUUUUCCUGGACAGAGACCUCACCAAGCAAUCCACGAUUAAUUUGGUGGAUUUAGCAGGAAGUGAAAGGCAGAAAUCUUCAGGAUCUGAAGGAGACAGACUGAGGGAAGGAUCACAAGUUAACUUAAGUUUAACCAAUUUAGGAAAUGUUAUCAGUGCUCUGGCUGAUGCAGCCACGGGGAAGAAAGUCUUGCACAUUCCCUACAGAGAUUCUGUCCUGACCAAACUUCUCCAGCCAGCUCUGGGCGGGAACAGCAGAACCACUUUGAUAGCGGCCAUAAGUCCCGCUGACAUCUGCUAUGAGGAAACUUUAUCCACGUUAAGAUACGCCGAAAGGGCUAAAAAGAUCCGGAACAGAGCCGUGGUCAACACCUCGACGCUGAUGAGAGAGUCAAAGGCAGAGAACGACAGACAGUGGAUAAUGAAGACCCUCCCUCACCUUCUCAACGUCAACGAGGACCCGCAGCUCACGGGGGUCCUCAAGUAUUUCAUUCAGGCUGGUACUCACCCCUCCCGACCCACGCUGGACCUGCUCAGGCUUCUUGCUUUCAUUUCAGAUAAACACGCUUCCUUCACAAAUUCGGAUGGGAAGGUGACGGUCACACCACACAGCAAAUGCAAAGUUGUCGUUAACGGGGUGCCCAUCGUGACCAAGACAAAGCUGCAGCAUUUGGACCGCAUUAUCCUGGGAUCCAACAGUGCCUACCUCUACAUUGGGUUCCCAUCAGAGCGAGGCAGUGAAGACCUGACCAGGUUCGACUAUGACUUCUUCCAGCUGGAGAGAGCAGCUGCGGAGGGAGUGAGUGUGGACAAGCUGGGGGCUGCGAGCCACGGCGAUGGGAAAGCGGACCCCGGCAUGCUGGCGGUGUUCCAGGACUACGUCAGACUCAUGCCCCUGGUGGCAGAAGCCAAUCAAAUGGGCGAAGAGCUGAAGAAGGGACUCAGAAUGGAACUGAAGGUGAAGAAUUUAGCGGCUUCAGACUCCAGGGGCCACGAGCUACAGAAGGAGGUCAUGGUGAAGGUGACCAACCAAAGAACCCGCGAGGUGUGGAUUUGGUCAAAAGCCAAGUUUAUCAACAGGAAAUUUCUCAUGGAGGAACUUUACCAGCGCUUUCUGGAUGGAGAAGACGGCCACGUGGCUCAGGAAGAUGACCCCUUCUGGGAUCCCGUCGAGGUUGUCCACUUGGGCUCAGCCCACAUCUGGCUCCAGUCGCUGGCCUACUCCAUGAAGCUGGAGGAGCAGGUGGAGUUCAUGAACUGCGAGGGGGAGGAAGAGGCCGUGGUGCACGUCUGCGUGACUCCCUGCUCCCCGGCGGGACGAGCGUGCGGUGAGGAGGACGUGGUUAUCGACCCGUCGGAGCUGCUGGGCAAGAGGAUGGACUUCCAGGUUGGCCUCGUGCGGUGCCUUGGGGUCAAGUGGCUGAAGGAGGACGCAGAGCGAGGCAUUCAGAUGGGGUACAGAAUGUAUGACCUUUCAAGCACUUUCUAUACCAAGCCUGUAUGGAAAACGGUGAAUCCCCAAAUAGAAGAAACUGUCCAAUUUACAGCCUUAAAUGCAUCUCAGGAGUUUCUGAAUUAUUUACAAACAAACGCUCUCAUUGUCGACUUAUGGGGUCUUCAAGAAGGCUGCGCCCAGCUGGACUGCUCUCAGUCGGACCUCAUGGUCACAAGUGAAGGCCACGUCAUGGUGGACACCAAGAAAAUGUCCACUCUGAUGGAUCCAGGCCAGACGCCAUCAACUCAGAUAUCGGAACUCUACAUGAAGCUGCUCAAGUUAGAGCAGGAGACAGAGCUGCUCAGAGACACCAACAGAGCCCUGAGAGAAGAAAACGUGUUUCUCAAACAAUCACUUGAGAAGGUCGGUUCUACUCAACAAGCACAUAAGCCUUCCAACACCCUGAAGCUAACUUGGACGGCAGCACACCCUCCAGCAGCCAGAGAGAUGAACCAAAUGUACACUCGGCCAGCCAGCUCCGACAGAGAAUUUGCCAAAGCCCUUAAGCUGUUCUACCACAGCAUGAACCAAGCAAGAGGGCAGCUUCUCCGACUGAGACAAGAGAAACCUCCUGAGGAAGAUGAAAUGCUUCGACCGUUCGUACAGCAACAGGCACAGAGGUUAAAGGACUUGGGAGACGUGCUGGAGUCCAGCUUGCGGAGGCUGAAAAACGAUGUCGCCGUCAUCGUGAAAAAGAAGAGGGCGAGUUUGCCGCACGCAGAAUAGCGCGGACGCAGCC